CACCACAACACACCGGAGGGCUAUCAUGACGGCUCUCUCACUCUUUGCCGUGCUCAACAUCACGUACCUGUACGUCCACUACGAAGUUCGCAUGGCCGACUUAUCCCACCCGUGGGCCCUCUUGCAGCGGUCGGCUCCGAACGUAAGCGACUGGAGCGAAGCAGUUCCAUCGUCCAGUUCAGAGCUGCCCACGGAACCACCGGACGCCAGCUGGGAGUCGCACCAGUCCUGGGGACCCAUCGAGCAGCUAUCCAGCGGAUACGACCGCCUUCCGUAUCCUGUUGAAAACACCAGCUACCUGCCAGCCGCUCCUUCGGUGGCUUCGACGUGCAGAGACAACCUGAGCUACCUGUUCUUCGUCCACACCGCACCCGACCACUUCACCCAUCGUGACAUUCUACGCAAAUUUAUCGGAGACGCCACGCUAAUGUCACGCUACAACUGGUCCAUCGUGUUCUUUCUGGGUCUCGCCCGAGACGCCAAGACAAUGGACAUGAUCCUGGAGGAAGCUGCGCACAACGGAGACAUCGUGAUCUUUCCUUACAUGGAUACGUACCGUAACCUCACCUACAAGUACGUCUAUGGGAUGAAGUGGACGAUGGACAACUGUCCUUCCGCGAAGUACAUCGUGAAAAUGGACGACGACAUUGUGUUGAACUUGUAUAAGCUGCUUAGGUACAUAGACCAAAUAACAGAGUCAGAAGAACCGGCGUUUCACUGUUGCGUUUGGCGCGGCAUGCCGGUUCUUAGGCAUACCAUGUCUCCGUGGUACCUUUCGAAAAAACAGUACCCACCUAAUGUCUUCCCGACGUACUGCUCUGGGAGCACGGUUAUAUUUAGAAGCAGCAUUCUGCGGCCGCUGUACAACGCCUCCUUCGAACUUCCUUUUCUUUCAGUGGACGACGCACUAGUGACCGGAGAAAUGGCCAGGAUCGCAGGCGUGGGACACGUGAGACUGAACAGAUACUACGCCUUCGGCGGUGAAAAGUGGAAAAAAGUGGUCAAAGGGGAGAUCAUCUUCGGACACAUCCACGGCGAAAGAGCUCGUAUGAGAGGGUGGAAGGCUGUGGUGAAGGAACUUCUAGCAAAAAGAAAAAUAGUGCCAAAAGUAUCCGAUACUAAUGACGUUUUGAAGUCGUUGCGAACUUGGAGCCUAGGUAUCUCAUCGACCGCCGGGACAGUCAUCGUUCGGACCACAACUUCUAACGAGGCUUUGGACGUGAACCAAGUGUCUCGUGUUGCUAACAAUCAUGCAGCGGACGAUGUGACUGGGGAGCCAGAAAGUGACUCUCCAACAAAUAGUAUCACUUCUACAACGGAUAUGCGCGUCAUCCGUUCUAAUGCUCUACCUUCGAGCUGA